AUGUCGUUUCUAGGAUAUAAAAGUAUCAUUGAAGAGGGCGAUCUUGUGCUUGCUUUCAUUGGAAGGGACAGCAUCAAACCAAUCAACGUUAAGGCUGGUGAGAUCUUGAAUACCAGAUAUGGAGCCUUUCCACAUGACAUAAUGAUUGGAUCCAAGUACGGUGCGCAGGUCUCCGGCUCAAAAGGUUUUGGGUUCAUUCAUUUACUGUAUCCUACGCCGGAACUGUGGUCCAUUUCGCUUCCUCACAGAACACAGAUUGUGUAUACUCCAGACUCUUCCUAUAUUGUUCAAAGACUGGGUAUCACUGCCGGGUCUAGAGUUAUCGAAGCAGGUACGGGUUCAGGGUCUUUCAGUCAUGCCCUGGCUAGAACAGUUAAUGAAACCGGUAAGCUAUUCACAUAUGAGUUCCACGAAUCCAGAUAUCUCGAAGCUAAAAAAGAGUUCGAGGAUCACCACCUGCCAAAUUUCAUCAUAACCCACAGAGACGUUUGUGAGAACGGUUUUGAUAUAAUUCAGAACGAUGAGACUGUCGACGUAUCUGCUGAUUCCGUGUUUUUGGACUUGCCUUCUCCAUGGACGGCCAUACCGCGUCUCAAGAGCGUUGUUGCAAAAGGGAAGCGUAUAGGUAUAUGCUGUUUUUCUCCUUGUAUCGAACAAGUUUUGAAGACAGUGGAAGCCCUAGAAGCAGAGGGCUGGACCGGGAUUGAGAUGGUGGAAGUUGCUGGUCGUAAAUGGGAAGCUAGAAAGGACAUGGUUAGAACACUAGAUGACGCUUUGGACCGGUUGCGCGAUGUCAAACGCAGACAAUUGGAGGGUAUUGAAAAGGUCAAGCUCAUUAGGGCUCAGAGGGACAAUACUCCGGUGGAGUCUGCUGAUGUGGAGGUCUCUUCAGGAUCAAAAAGAGAAGCAACCGAAGAGGCUGAUUCAGAGGAACCCAUCAGCAAGAAAGCCAGGGGUUUCAAUCCUUGGGGAAGAGGAAUCAGAGUGAGAGAGGGAGACGAGGCAUAUCAAUGGUUCAAUGUUACGCGGGGUGAAGGUGAAGUAAAGAGUCAUACCUCGUAUUUGACUUUUGCCCAUUAUCUGAACUUUGAUGAUGAAUAG